AUGGCCGACAAUCGGGAAUCAGCUGUGGCCGAACGUCCGUGUGGCCCCAACGAGCAGCGCCUUCAAUACUCCUACGAAUUCUCCUAUUUCAUUCGUCCAACGGGAGAUUUUGACCCCGAAGACUAUUCGAAGCAUGUCCGUGCAAUCGCCACCGCCAACAGUGUACAACAGUUUUGGGACGUCUAUUGUCAUCUCAAGAGGCCAUCAGAUUUCACUCAAAAAGCUGAUCUCCAUUUUUUCAAAAAAGGAAUCAAACCCGUUUGGGAAGCCGAUGAUAACAAGAAAGGCGGAAAAUGGAUUCUCCGAAUCAAAAAGGGUCUCUGCUCUCGAAUCUGGGAGAAUUUGCUAUUGGCGAUGAUCGGCGAGCAAUUCUUGGUGGCUGAUGAGAUUUGCGGGGCAGUGUGCUCGGUGAGAAAUCAAGAGGAUAUCGUCUCGUUGUGGAAUCGAACAGCCGACGAUCCGGGUGUCCGCAAUCGUAUCCGUGACUCGCUUCGUCGAGUGCUCAACUUGCCAGCAAACACCGUGCUCGAGUAUAAACGACACGAUGAUUGUCUCAAAGAUCAAAGCAGUUACCGUCAUACGAAUGUUGAUAUCGGACAUCGGGCACCUCGA